GAGCGGCGCGCGCCGAGGGUCCCCCGGCCCCCGCCCUCACCCCGCCAUGGCGUCCCCGCUGAGGAGGACGAGGAGGAGGAGGAGGAGAUGGCGGUGUCCGAGGGGGACGAGGAGGACGACGACGAGGAGGACGACGAGGAGGAGGAGGAGGAAGACGCCGCCGCCGCCGCCGCCGCCGCCGCCGCGCUCCUGGCCGGGCACCGCGGGGCCCCCGACAUCUUCCCCGGGCCGGCCCCGGCCCCGCCGCCGCUGCCGCCGCCGCCGCCGCCCCCCGCGCCCGUCGCUGCUGCCGCCGCCGCCGCCGCUGCUGUCCAGGGGCCGCCGGAGGCGCCCGCAGAUGGGGAGGACGAGCUGCUGCGGGGCCUCGAGGGGGCCCUGGGGGUGAAGAAGAAGAAACGAGGCCCUCGGAAACAGAAGGAAAACAAACCUGGGAAACCCCGGAAACGGAAAAAGCUGGUGAGCGAGGAUGAGCUGGAGUCGGAGCGGGACGAGUACCCGCGCGAGGAGUACCGGGAGAAGUCGGAGAGCGGGGGCAGCGACUCGGGGGGGGCGGCGCGGAAGCGGCGGAGGAAGCACCGCGAGAAGAAGGAGAAAAAGACCAAGAGGCGGAAAAAGGCGGACGAGGAGGGGGGGCAGAAGGUCAAGGCGGUGGAGCAGAAGUCCUCAGCCCAGCUGCUGGGGGCCUGGGGGCUGGAGGACGUGGACCACGUGUUCACCGAGGAGGAUUACCACACCCUCACCAACUACAAGGCCUUCAGCCAGUUCAUGAGGCCCCUGAUCGCCAAGAAGAACCCCAAGAUCCCCAUGUCCAAGAUGAUGACCAUCCUGGGGGCCAAGUGGCGCGAGUUCAGCGCCAACAACCCCUUCAAGGGCUCUGCCGCCGCCGUGGCCGCCGCUGCCGCCGCCGCCGCCGCCGCCGUGGCCGAGCAGGUGUCGGCGGCCGUGGCCAACGUGGCCCCCGAGGCCCCCGGCCCCCUGCGCAAGGCCAAGACCAAGGAGGGCAAGGCCCCGGGCACAGAGCGCAACAAGAGCCCGAGGUGCCCGAGCUGGAAGAGGAAGAUGAAGGGCAGGAAGAUGGCACCGCUCAAGAUCAAACUGGGAGUGCUGGGGGGGAAGCGCAAGAAGAGCAGCUCGAGCGAGGACGCCGGGGAGGCGGAGGAGGAGUCGGACGCCGAGAGCCCGGGGGGGGUCCUGGGGGCCGCCCCCCGCCCCGACCCCACCACGCGCCUCAAGAAGCUCAAACGGGGCCGCCCCGGGCGCAAGAAGAAGAAGGGGCCGGGCCCGGAGGAGGAGGGGGACGGCUACGAGACGGACCACCAGGACUACUGCGAGGUGUGCCAGCAGGGCGGGGAGAUCAUCCUGUGUGACACCUGCCCCCGCGCCUACCACCUGGUGUGCCUCGACCCCGAGCUCGACAGGGCCCCCGAGGGCCGCUGGAGCUGCCCCCACUGCGAGAAGGAGGGGGUGCAGUGGGAGGCCAAGGAUGAAGAGGAGGAGGAGGAGGAGGAGGAGGAGGAGGGUGAGAAGGAGGAGGAAGACGAUCACAUGGAGUACUGCCGCGUGUGCAAGGACGGGGGGGAGCUGCUGUGCUGCGACGCCUGCGUGUCCUCCUACCACAUCCACUGCCUCAACCCCCCCCUGCCAGAGGUCCCCAACGGGGAGUGGCUCUGUCCCCGCUGCACGUGCCCGGUGCUGAAGGGGCGGGUGCAGAAGAUCCUGUACUGGAGGUGGGGGGAGCCGCCCCCCGUGGCCCCCAGGCCCCCCGCCCGAGGGACCCCAGGCCCUGCAGGGCCGCUCCGAGCCGAGUUCUUCGUCAAGUGGGUCGGGCUGUCCUACUGGCACUGCUCCUGGAUCAAAGAGCUGCAGCUGGAGAUCUUCCACCUGGUGAUGUACCGGAACUACCAGCGCAAGAACGACAUGGACGAGCCCCCCCCCCUGGAUUACGGCUCGGGGGACGACGACCCCAAGAGCGAGAAGAGGGGGGCGGGGGGGGACCCCCUGUUCGGGGGGAUGGAGGAGCGGUUCUACCGCUACGGCAUCAAACCCGAGUGGAUGACGGUGCACCGCAUCAUCAACCACAGCGUGGACCGGAAGGGGCAGUACCACUACCUGGUGAAGUGGCGGGACCUGCCCUACGACCAGGCCACCUGGGAGGAGGACGAGAUGCCCAUCCCUGACUACGACCUGCACAAGCUGGCCUACUGGAAACACCGGGAGGUGUUCAUGGGGGAGGACCCCGCCCAGCCCCGGCGCUACAAGAAGAAGAAGAAGGAGACGCCGGGGGAGGGACCCCCCGACUCCCCCACCAACGACCCCACGGUGAAAUACGAGACCCAGCCUCGGUUCAUCACGGCCACGGGCGGGACCCUGCACCUGUACCAGCUGGAGGGGCUGAACUGGCUGCGCUUCUCGUGGGCCCAGAGCACCGACACCAUCCUGGCCGACGAGAUGGGGCUGGGCAAGACCAUCCAGACCAUCGUCUUCCUCUACUCCCUCUACAAGGAGGGCCACACCAAGGGCCCGUUCCUCGUCAGUGCCCCGCUCUCCACCAUCAUCAACUGGGAGCGGGAGUUCCAGAUGUGGGCCCCGGCCUUCUACGUGGUCACCUACACCGGGGACAAGGACAGCAGGGCCAUCAUCCGCGAGAACGAGUUCUCCUUCGACGACACCGCCAUGAAAGGCGGCAAGAAGGCCUUCAAGAUGAAGAGGGAGGCCCAGGUGAAGUUCCACGUGCUGCUGACGUCCUACGAGCUGAUCACCAUCGACCAGGCGGCCCUGGGCUCCAUCCGCUGGGCCUGCCUCGUGGUGGACGAGGCCCACCGGCUCAAAAACAACCAGUCCAAGUUUUUCCGGGUGCUGAACGGGUACAAGAUCGAGCACAAGCUGCUGCUCACGGGGACGCCGCUGCAGAACAACCUGGAGGAGCUUUUCCACCUCCUCAACUUCCUCACGCCAGAGCGCUUCAACAACCUGGAGGGUUUCCUGGAGGAGUUUGCCGACAUCUCCAAGGAGGACCAGAUCAAGAAGCUGCACGACCUGCUGGGGCCGCACAUGCUGCGGCGCCUCAAGGCCGACGUCUUCAAGAACAUGCCGGCCAAGACCGAGCUCAUCGUGCGCGUCGAGCUCAGCCCCAUGCAGAAGAAGUACUACAAGUACAUCCUGACGCGCAACUUCGAGGCGCUCAACUCGCGGGGCGGGGGCAACCAGGUGUCGCUGCUCAACAUCAUGAUGGACCUCAAGAAGUGCUGCAACCACCCCUACCUGUUCCCCGUGGCUGCCAUGGAGUCCCCGAAGCUGCCGAGCGGUGCCUACGAGGGGGGGGCUCUGAUCAAGGCCUCGGGGAAACUGCUCCUGCUGCAGAAGAUGCUGCGGAAGCUGAAGGAGCAGAACCACCGGGUGCUCAUCUUCUCCCAGAUGACGAAGAUGCUGGACCUGCUGGAGGAUUUCCUGGACUACGAGGGCUACAAAUACGAGCGCAUCGACGGCGGCAUCACCGGGGCCCUGCGGCAGGAGGCCAUCGACCGCUUCAACGCGCCGGGGGCGCAGCAGUUCUGUUUCCUGCUGUCGACGCGGGCCGGGGGCCUCGGCAUCAACCUCGCGACGGCCGACACCGUCGUCAUCUUUGACUCCGACUGGAACCCCCACAACGACAUCCAGGCGUUCAGCCGCGCCCACCGCAUCGGGCAGGCCAACAAGGUGAUGAUCUACCGGUUCGUGACGCGGGCGUCGGUGGAGGAGCGCAUCACGCAGGUGGCCAAGCGCAAGAUGAUGCUGACGCACCUGGUGGUGCGCCCGGGGCUGGGCUCCAAGGCCGGCUCCAUGUCCAAGCAGGAGCUCGACGACAUCCUCAAGUUCGGCACCGAGGAGCUCUUCAAGGACGAGAACGAGGGUGAGAACAAGGAGGAGGACAGCAGCGUCAUCCACUACGACAACGAGGCCAUCGCGCGGCUCCUGGACCGCAACCAGGACGCCACCGACGACGCCGACGUGCAGAACAUGAACGAGUACCUGAGCUCCUUCAAGGUGGCCCAGUACGUCGUCAGGGAGGAGGACAAGAUCGAGGAGAUCGAGCGGGAGAUCAUCAAGCAGGAGGAGAACGUGGACCCCGAUUACUGGGAGAAGCUGCUGAGGCACCACUACGAGCAGCAGCAGGAGGACCUGGCACGGAACCUGGGCAAGGGCAAGCGCGUCAGGAAGCAGGUCAACUACAAUGACGCUGCCCAGGAGGACCAAGACAACCAGUCCGAGUACUCGGUGGGCUCCGAGGAGGAGGACGAGGACUUCGAUGAGCGGCCGGAGGGCCGCCGUCAGUCCAAGCGGCAGCUCCGCGAGAAGGACAAGCCCCUCCCCACUGCUGGCCCGGGUGGGGGCAACAUCGAGGUGCUGGGGUUCAACACGAGGCAGAGGAAGGCGUUCCUCAACGCCGUCAUGCGCUGGGGGAUGCCCCCCCAGGACGCCUUCACCUCCCAGUGGCUCGUGCGGGACCUGCGGGGCAAAACCGAGAAGGAGUUCAAGGCCUACGUGUCCCUGUUCAUGCGCCACCUGUGCGAGCCGGGGGCCGAUGGCUCCGAGACCUUCGCCGACGGCGUCCCCCGGGAGGGGCUCUCGCGGCAGCAGGUGCUGACCCGCAUCGGAGUCAUGUCCCUCGUCAAGAAGAAGGUGCAGGAGUUCGAGCACAUCAACGGCCGCUGGUCGCUACCCGAGCUGGCCCCCGAGCCCAGCGCCGACUCCAAGCGCUCGUCCCGCGCCUCCUCCCCCGCCAAGACCGGACCCCCCAGCCCCGAGCAGAGCGGCCCCAGCUCCCAACGCCCGCCCACGCCCGCCACGCCGGCGCCCAGCGAGCGCGGGGACGUCCCGGGGCCACCCCCGGACAGGGACAGGGACAGGGACAGGGACGAGGGGGAUGCCCGGGACGAGAAGGAGCCCAAGGGCCCUGAGAAGAUGGAGACGGACGCCGCUGUCCCCGAGGCUCCCCCCUCUCCGGGCGAUGGCAGCGAGGCCGAGGGGCCGCGCAAGGGGGAGGACGAGGAGGCCCCCGAGGACCCCGAGGCCGAAGGACCCCCGGCCCGGGAGGACAGACCAGAGGAGGUGAAGGCGGAGAAGGAGCCCAGGCUGGAGCCUCGAGCCAACAACGGGCGGCAGGAGCGGGCCGAGAAACCGCGGUUCAUGUUCAACAUCGCUGAUGGGGGCUUCACCGAGCUGCACACGCUGUGGCAGAACGAGGAGCGCGCCGCCAUCUCCUCGGGGAAGCUCAACGAGAUCUGGCACCGGCGCCACGACUACUGGCUGCUGGCCGGCAUCGUCCUCCACGGCUACGCCCGCUGGACGGACAUCCAGAACGACGGCGCCUUCGGGGUCAUCAACGAGCCCUUCAAGGGCGAAGCCUCCAAGGGGAACUUCCUGGAGAUGAAGAACAAGUUCCUCGCACGCCGCUUCAAGCUGCUGGAGCAGGCGCUGGUGAUCGAGGAGCAGCUGCGCCGCGCCGCCUACCUGAACAUGACGCAGGACCCCAGCCACCCCGCCAUGGCCCUCAACACGCUCGCCGAGGUCGAGUGCCUGGCCGAGAGCCACCAGCACUUGUCCAAGGAGUCGCUGGCGGGCAACAAGCCCGCGAACGCCGUCCUGCACAAGGUGCUGAACCAGCUGGAGGAGCUGCUGAGCGACAUGAAGGCCGACGUGACGCGCCUGCCGGCCACGCUGUCCCGCAUCCCCAUCGCCGCCCGCCUGCAGAUGUCGGAGCGCAGCAUCCUCAGCCGCCUGGCCAGCAAGGGCACCGAGAGCCACCCCUCCCU